AUGGCUGCCGUGCGCUCCGAUCUAGCUGAACACAAGCUUAUCGGUCGACCUAGCGCCACUUUCAAUGGCUCGGCAUUUCAACGGUUCUCAUUUGUACCUGGAGGAAACCUUCCACCAGCUUUUCGUGCGACAGAGAUACGCUGGUAUCGGGCCGGCAUUCGGAGGCCUUCCCCCUUUAAGUCUCAAGUCCUUUGGCCGGACCUCGAGCACGCAACCCGCUGUAGAAACAAAAUAGACCCGCUGGCAAUCCGUCGUAAGUAUUCUCGCAGGCCUAGGAAAAGAAUCCCAUUGUUCGAAUAG